AACCACCGCAGCCGAGAAGAGUGCCUGACGAGCCCAGCUAGAGUGUCUUCCAGAGGAACGGUUCUGUGGGGAUUGUGAUGUUCUACGUCACAAACAUCAGCCACUCCACAACAGAGAAAGUGUUAUUGAUGUUUUUUUUAAAGCCAUUCCUCCAACCACAUGUAUUAUCAGAGUGGACGGUCAAAAUUGCACCAAUAUACAAGGUCCAAGGACGUUAUGAUGUGCACCAGGCGAUAUACAGAUGUCAAAGUUGCCAGCAGCAGUGCAGCCCUGAUUUAAAGGACCUGAUUAGGAGUGGAUAUUGGCCAGCAUCUGUCAACAUGUCGACUCUUUACACUUUAGACCCUUGAGCUCCUUCCAGGAACUAAAAGUAUUUUCUCCAUGAUUCUCCAGGGAAGCUUUUGCAAAACUGUUGGAGCGUGGUACUAAGUGUGGGGGAAGGACUGGGCAUGCCAACGGCGAUGCACUGCAGCACAGCUUUCUUGAUGAGGAAGAGCAGCUGUGCUGUGAUGUCAGCUUCAGCUGCCCAGCAUGCACACCUGAAAUGUUGGUGGUUUCAGCUGAUGGGAACAGAAAGCUAUAUCACUUUCAGCAAAACGAAAGGCAGGGUAACGACAUGGUGAUAAAUGAGUGUGUGGGCCAUCUGCUGAGGACCAAGAGCUCAGGACACUCAGACGGGGGCGUCGCAGCAGGAGUCACCGUGCUCCACAAUCCUCUGCUGUUGUGAGAUGUCACACUCCUGCCUGCACAUACAAACCACAGUGAAGUCAAAGUUCCACCUGCACCUCCACCUGUUCUUGCAACAGCAUGAACACUGACAGAGUCCCAUGGAGGCUAAGAUUGGCACUGAGGCUGGCCAGCAGAAGGUGAGGGCCUGGGGUCCUGGACUGGAAGGAGGCGUUGUUGGUAAAUCUGCUGACUUUGUGAUGGAGGCUGUUGGAGACAAUGUUUCUCUCAGACCAAGAUUGAAUGUGAUGACAAGGGUGAUGGAUGGUGUGACAUGCGCUGCGGGCCCACAGAACCAGGUUAAGGCGUACGGUCCAGGCCUUCAGAGCAGUGGUCUGGCUGUUGGAAAACCCACUGAAUUCACAGUUGAUGCCAAGCAAGGAGGAAAAGCUCCUCUGAAAAUUAUAGCCCAGGAUGGUGAAGGCAAUUCUGUGGAUGUCCAGGUUAAGGAUAAUGGCAACAGCACAUGUACCUGCACCUACACCCCACGUAAGCCUGUGAAGCAGACUGUGAUGGUCUCCUUGGGAGACGUUAACAUCCCUGAGAGUCCAUUCAGGAUGAAUAUCAGAGCAGGCUGUCAUCCAAACAAGGUGAAGGUCUCUGACCCUGGAGUGGCAAAGACGGGCCUCAAAGCCUUCAAGCCAACAUACUUCACUGUUGACUGCUCAGAGUCUGGUCAAGGACAAAGGCUGUUUGCGUUUAGGCUAUUCCAACGACAUCCUUCAGGGUCAAAGUGGAUCCUUUUCAAGGCAGAGGGACCAGGACUCAGCCGCAGUGAAGGUGGAGGAGCAGCUCCAGCAGAGCAACACCAGAGGUGUGUGGAGAGGACUGAACACCAUCACUGGACGGAGCACUGUGAGCGGAGGGGGUCCAGAGUCUGGAGACCAGGUUCUGGCUAACAGAUUGAACCAGUUUUUUAACAGGUUUGAUUCAGUAGCCCUUCCCUCCCCCAUCCACCAGAGCUCGUCACACCUCUCUGCAACCCCCCACAGCACCGGGGACAUGAAAUGCACUUCACCUGUCCCCCUUUUCCUUUUCCUUCAACCACUCUACUGGGUCUAAGUCGUCUCCACCUGCUACGGCGGCUGAGAUACUUUGGGGUGAACAGGACACUUUAUGACACUGUGGUGGCGUCUGCUAUUUUCUAUGCUGUGGUCUGCUGGAGUGGUGGAAUGGCAGAGAGGGACAGGGGGAAACUCAACAAGCUGGUCAGGAGGGCCAGCUCUGUCUGAGCGCUACCGCAGGUCAUUCUUUCCAGCAGCUGUCAGACUCUAUAAUGCAGCUUAACAUUCCUUUGGUCAUCUUACUCACCAGCUUGUUAGUUUACUCUACAUUUUAUACAUAUCUCCGUACAAUUUUCUCAGUUUUUCUA